AUGCGACGUAAUACUUCAUUUGUUCCGCCGAUUCUUGGGUUUUUGGCCAUCGCCUCCACGGUUUCCGGGCAUGGUGUGCGUGGUAGCCUACCACGACAAGCUGGUGGUGGGGUUUGCCAGGUCACCCAACCCACCGUGGGAGCACCUCACCGAAAUAUCUGGGCGGGUUUGACAAACCAGGAGAUGGCGGAUGCUCUGGACUUUCUUUACAAGUCCAAGGAGUUGAACUUGACCAUCGAUGGUGGCAGCCUUGCAAUUGAUCUACUGCAGCCCAACAAGACAGAUGUUCUCCCGUUUUUGGCUGGUGGAGGAAUUGCUCCGCCGCGAUAUGCUCGUGCAACCUUGGCAUUCGGCAGCUCACCGGAGCCAUACAUUCAGGAGUACAUUGUCGGGCCCAUGGCGAAGGGAAAUCAGACCCAGGCUAAACCACUCACAUUCCUCUCUACCCGUCAGCCCGGCAAGAAGCUUCGAGUCUAUGACUCGGACAGCGGUGGCCCAGGAGACAACUUGACAGAUGCCAUUAUGUCGCAAGCUGCCGAUAUUACCAAGGCUCUGUGGAACAUGGAUGUCAACAACUUCAGCCUCGCAACAGUUUCCCCUAGCCGAGUGGAAAAUGGCCUGGUCAUAGCUUGGCAAGGUUUCACGGGCAGCUCAACUGGCUCAUUUGAUACAGGUACUCUGCUACCGCAAGGACUUUAUGUGAGAACCGAUCGGACUGGUCGCGACUCUUCAAAGUGGAAGAUUACUGGUUGGCUAUACAACAAUGUGUUCUACAACAGCAUUGAAGAAUUUAAAACCGCCCUGACAAAACCUGGAUUUGAGAAAUUAGGAAUGGUCGUUGAUGGGUCGUGGGCGCAACUCGACAAAGUUGGGGAUUCUCUGCCAUUCGACGAACUCCCUCCGCCAAUGUCCAUCCAACCGGGCCCAAAGCGCUUCUCUGUAGAUACAAAAGAGAACUUCGUCUCCUGGAUGGACUUCAGCUUUUAUGUGACUGUCAGCCGCGACAUGGGACUUAGGUUGUUUGAUAUCAAAUACAAAGGCAAGCGAAUCAUCUACGAGCUUGGCAUGGAGGAAGCCAUAGCCCAUUAUGCGGGAAUUGAUCCGAUCCAAUCUGGCACUUGCUAUUUCGACACCAUGUACGGAUUUGGUACCAGCUUUGUCUCGCUGGUGAACGGCUACGAUUGUCCGGCUUAUUCCACGUACAUCAACACCACAUAUAUGGAUGGAACUUCAAGGAACACGCAGCCUAAUGCGAUCUGUAUGUUUGAGCUGAACGAGGACUUGCCUAUCCAAAGACACUCAGGCCCAGGUUUCACUAGUAUCACCAAGAGCAUUGCAUUCAAGCUGCGAUCGGUGGCAACGGUCGGAAACUACGACUACCAGACAACAUAUGAAUUUCGGAUGGAUGGCUCUAUCACCGUUGCAGUCAGAGCUUCAGGCUAUAUUCAGAGCGGGUACGCUGCAAAGAACGGAGAAUAUGGAUUCAAUAUCCACGACAAUCUAUCCGGGUCAAUGCACGACCACGUGCUUACCUUUAAAGCUGACUUUGACAUCAUGGGCGAAAAGAAUUCCGUACAAAAGGUCGAAUUUGUGCCUACCACUGAGACUUAUGUCUGGAGCGAUGGGAAGCCACGCAAUACUAUGAAGGCUAAGAAGUCGUUCAUUGCCAAUGAGGAUGAUUCCAAGAUCAACUGGUCCCCUAAUGGUAACGCGAUGUACGCUAUCGUCAACAAGGAUGCCAAGAACCAGUAUGGCGAAGCUCCGGGGUACAGAAUCAUGCCCGCAGCCGGAGUCGCUUCGCUGACGAUACAAAACUCAUCUGUUGCCCAGAAUGCCGUAAACCACGCUGACCACCAUUUAUACGUGACCAAGCAAAAGGACACGGAAGCCCGCGCUGCAAAUCCAUACAACCUCCUUGAUCCGGCAGAUCCAGUAGUCAACUUCGCCAAGUAUUUUAACGGCGAAUCUCUGGACCAGCAAGAUGUAGUUGUCUGGUUUAACCUGGGCAUGCAUCACAUGCCGCAUACCGGUGACCUGCCCAAUACGGUGUUUUCGACCGCCCACUCGGCCAUUACCAUCGAGCCAUUCAACUAUCUGCCAGGAGACCCGUCGCGCGCCACGACGCAGCAAGUUCGCAUCAACAGUGACUCGGGAGGCAACGGCUCUGUCACGAGCUUCGGGGCCAAGCCCGUGACGUGCUCUAUAGACUCGAGCCAGCUUAACCCCAAGGUUGAGAUCUUGAAUGGGACACUCGCAGUCCACAAACUCCCGUAUGAUGGGACACGGCCAAACCGCAUUGGGUAA